AUGUAUAUGUCAUUUGGGUUUUGCAAAAAGCAAAUAGCCACAGAAUUCAUAGCAGUCUCACUAAUUCGUACUCUCCUUCCCAUUGCAGUCACCAUGAAUGUUAACUUGUACGAGGCUGUCAUGGAAGGCAAAGUUGAUGUCCUCAGGCAACACAUUGAUCAAAUUGAUAACCAAGUCACCCCCAAUAACAACACUGUUCUUCAUGUCGCAGCCCAGUUUGGCCGAUUACAAUGUGUGGAAGAGAUCUUAAAAGAGUGUCCCGUGUUAUUACGUCGGGUGAAUAGCAAAUGCGAGACUCCUCUUCACUUUGCGGUGAGGGAAGAACGCUUGGAUGUAGCCAAAGCACUCAUAGAUUGUGCGAAGGAACUGGACCAAGAACUUGAAAGUGGGGGCCGAGAAGCCAAGGAGAUCUUGAGGGCGACAAAUGAGGACAAAGACACAGCCUUGCACAUGGCAGUGCGGAAUGGACACUUGGAUUUGGUCAAAUUGUUAACAGGAGAAGAUCCAGAGUUUCAACAUCCAGCCAAUAAUGCUGAUGAAACUCCACUAUACCUGGCUACUGAGAUAGGAUGUGAUGAUGUGGUGUCUGCAAUCUUGGAAACUAGCACAUCGCCGGCUUAUGGUGGCCCUGAUGGUAGAACGGCAUUGCACGCAGCAGCAAUAAUUAAGAUCCGAUUUUCUAUGCUAAUAGAUUUUCAAAAUAAAAAUCAAAGCAUGGGAAGAUUGUUGGAGUGGAAGCAGGAUCUAAUCAAGGAAGCAGAUGAGUAUGGAUGGACACCACUUCAUUAUGCUGCACGCUGUCAUAAUGUAGAGGGAGUUAGACAGAUAUUAAAAAAGGAUAAAUCAGCUGCAUACAUUACUACUGCAGACAAGGAUGACGAAAAGACAGCUCUUCAUAUAGCUGCUGCUAAAGGUUAUACAAGAGUAAUGAAAGAGAUUUUGUUACAUUGUCCAGAUUGUUGGGAGAUGGUCAAUGGCAAAGGACAAAAUGUUCUUCACGUUGCCAUGGAUAUGGAGAAGAAAGGUGCGAUUGAAUUUAUCAAAGAAAACCCAUGGUCAAGCCAUCUUAAAAAACAGAAAGACAUUGAAGGAAACACACCUCUCCAUCUGUUGUACUGGUAUGGUGGUGUUAAUCCUUUUUCAGUGCGUCUGCAAGAUUCAACAAAAGAAUGGUGCAAUAGAGAAUAUGAAUGGGCUUUCAACAAUAAAAACAUAACGCCCGACGAUAUACAAUGGUCAAAUCAUCAGGAUACCGAGUUGGUGAGAUUUGGAAUUUGUGGUGGGAGAAAUAUAGUCAGCGGGGAUCAAGAGUUGAUAACAAAACUAAGGGUUCGUAAAGAAGAAAGACAGAAAAUUUGUAAAGAACCAAGUAAAACACUAUUCCAGGACGUCAAGAAAAUGAGUGACACCCAUUUGAUAGUGGCAACACUCACAGCAACCAUUAGCUUUGCGGUCGGAUUCACAAUGCCUGGAGGUUAUAAUAGCAAUGAAGGUUCAAAACAAGGAAUGCCACUUCUAAUAACAAAAGCAGCUUUCAAACUAUUUGUCAUUGCAAAUACCAUAGCCGCGAUAUGCUCCACUUCCUCUGUGUUUCUAUACGUCACUGCGCCAGUUUAUCAUGUUAUCGGAUUUGAUGAUAAAUUUUCCAGGAUUAAGAUGGUGUCUCGCUAUCUCACAGCCUUAUUUCUUCUUUUAAUUGCCGUGGCAGCGCUGAUAGUCGCGUUCAUUACAGGCUCUUAUGCUGUGUUAUCACAUUCUUUAGGCCUCGCAAUUUCUGUAUGUCUUAUUGGUUGCAUCUCAUUUCUCAUUUAUUUGAUUGAACUCCAAAGGUGGUUUUCUUAUUUAAAAAAACUUUAUUUUAAAAAAUUAACUCUUAAAUAAAUUAGUUAUGUAGUUUUUUAUUUAUUUACUUUCUGUAUCUGGUGAUUUGUAUGCCAAAAUGCUAAAUCAUGAUGUAUUU